GAAAAUGUUGGCAUUUUGCAAAUUUCCCAUCUUCGACUGCUGCUGCUGCGUCUUCUCUUUCUUCUCCAACCCCAACCUUAUUCUUCUCAUCACCGUUCGUCUUCGGAUCAAGCCAUGGAGGACGAGAUUGAACUGAAAACGGCCCCUGCUGAUUUCCGGUUUCCUACAACAAACCAAACAAGGCACUGCUUUACCCGUUACAUUGAGUUCCACAGGUGCACAACUGCAAAGGGUGAGGACUCCAACGAAUGCGAGAGGUUCGCCAAGUAUUACCGCGCUCUCUGCCCUGGAGAAUGGGUUGACAAAUGGAAUGAGCAGAGGGAGACCGGAACUUUCCCUGGCCCUCUCUGAUUCCCUCAAAAUAACCUCUCUCUUCAUCAUUUUUAUUAAGUUUGUGUGACCAAAAAAAAGGUCGUGUGGAUGGAUGAUGAUCAUGAAAUCUUUUCUUUUGUUAAGUGUUUUCGUUUUGAUGAUGAUGAUCAAAUAAAUUUGCAAGACAUUCUUUGUGAUUCAUAAUGUCACAUCUUUUUAAUUCUCGAUA